AUGUGCCGUAGACGCCAAAGGCAAUACCUCGCCACACCUUCACCCUACCAAGCACGCCGAAAAGGGUGCUGCACCUCGCGCCGCCAACAACGCCUAGCCGCCGCCGAAGCCUACACAUCAAACGUCUACUACCCCCAACCACCCGCCCCACUUGCACUCUCAAACCAACAAAUAACUUAUUCACACCACCACCAACGCAACAACCGCUGCGACAUCCCCCAUCGACCCUUCAGCAUGGCCGCCCUCCUCCUCGGUGCUGUCGGUCUCGGCGCGCAGAAAAUAAAAGAGAAGCGCGACGAGCGCAAGCAAAAGAAAGCGCCGUUGCAAUGGGAGGAAGAACGCAGUUACGAGGAGGCGAGAAAAGCCGCGAUAGGGGAUGCCAGGGAAGUUAGGAGGCAGGAGAGGAGGAAGAGUGAUGAGGCGGAAGGGGAGAGACGGAGGAGAAGUGAGAGUGUGGAAAGGGAGGAGGUCCCCCCGCCGAGGUAUGAGGAUGUUGUUCGGGAUGAUGGGAGGAGGGAGACUGGGUAUAGGGCGACGGGAUAG